CUAGUGCGUAGGCGAACACAGAUGAUCACUGGAACAUAAGAGGCGCGGUUAUACCUAUUUGUAGCCCACGGGUCUCCUUCUUGAUUGAAGCGGGACAGUGUGCGUUAGGGCCGUGAGAGGAACGGGCAGGGAGGAGGGGAAUUCGUGUUCUCACAGUACAAAUCACGAAGCAUUUAGCUGCUGCUGCUGCUGCAAGAGUUAAUACUCCUGGGCGUGGCUCUUUGGUAUCAGACUUCCCACUUCCAGGUGGGCGGAGCUAAUAGAACCUUGGAGAGCCCGACUUCCCUCAAACCUCAUUCUCUGCUCUUUCCUUCCCCCACAGAGGGCAGCGCUCUCUGUCCUUGCUGGUGCCGCCAUUUUGGAAGGAGUAAGAGCGCAACAAACACGCUCGCGGUCCCCUCGCGUAAAUCAGUCAAUUAGCUCGCACCGCUGACAGUCAGAAUGAGUUCCCCGGUAAAUGUGAAGAAGCUGAAGGUAUCGGAGCUGAAGGAAGAGCUGAAGAAGAGGCGUCUGAGCGACAAAGGGCUGAAGGCCGAUCUGAUGGAGAGACUGCAGGCUGCGCUGGACGAGGAGGGAAACGCUUCUGGAGAAGGGGCAGCGGCGGUCUCUGAUGAAGCCGAGGAUGCGGUUGAUCCAGAGCAGGCUGCAACCGGAGAGGAGGAAGAAGAGGAAGGCAUGGAGCUAGGCGGAGAAAAUGGAGGGGAUGGGGCCGAGGAGGUGCCCAAUGAGGAGAUAGCUGAUGCCGAGCAAGAAGAUGAGAACGGGGACGAUCAGGGCUUCCAGGAGGGAGAGGAGGAAGAAGAGGAGGAAGAUGAAGGAAUUCCAGUUGGGCUAGAGGAGGAGGAGGAUGACGCGGAAGCGGCUAGUGUGGAGAACGGGCAGGACGAGGCGGAGGAGGAAAGCGAGAGUGCGCCCUGCGGCCCACAGCCACUAAUGGCCAUCAACUGCGAAGAGACUGGCAGCGCCGGCAGAAGCGAUGGAAAUGAUGCUAAAGAGAAUAAAAGAGGUGUGAAAAGGCCACGUGAGGAUCAUGGACGUGGUUAUUUUGAGUAUAUUGAAGAGAAUAAAUAUAACAGGGCAAAGUCCCCCCAACCACCAGUUGAUGAAGACGAUGAGAAGUAUGAUGACACCAUGGUACUUCUUGAUACUUACAAUUGUGAUCUUCACUUCAAAAUUUCCCGUGAUCGCUUAAGUGCGUCAUCUCUUACCAUGGAGAGCUUUGCACUUCUCUGGGCCGGAGGAAGAGCCACUUAUGGUGUUUCAAAGGGAAAAGUUUGUUUUGAGAUGAAGGUUACUGAGAAGAUUCCAGUAAAACAUGUAUAUACAAAAGAAACAGAUGUUCAUGAAGUUCGCGUUGGCUGGUCCAUGAGCUCCUCUGGGUACAUGCUUGGAGAGGAGGAAAAUUCCUAUGGUUAUUCUCUCAAAGCUGCAAAAUGUUACAAUGGUGUUGCUGAGGAGUAUGGCGAGAAAUAUGAUGAGAAUGAUGUGAUCACUUGCUGUGCUAAUUUUGAAGAAGAUGAAGUUGAACUUUCUUAUGCAAAGAAUGGCCAGGACCUUGGGGUUGCUUUUAAGAUUAGCAAAGAUAAUCUAUCAGAGCAGUCUCUCUUCCCACAUGUUCUCUGCCACAACUGUGCUGUUGAAUUCAACUUUGGGCAGAUGGCAGAACCAUUUUUUCCUAUCCCAGAAGGCUAUACAUUAAUUCAGAAUGUUCCUUUGGAAGACAGAGUCAGAGCACCUCUGGGGCCAGAUCUGAAGCAGGAUUGUGAAGUCAUCAUGAUGAUCGGCUUGCCAGGUGCUGGAAAGACAACAUGGGUAAAUACGCACAUUAAAGAGAACCCUGGCAAAUACAACAUACUUGGAACAAACACUAUUAUGGAAAAGAUGACGGUUGGUUGCAAAAAGCAGGUGUCUGACACUGGAAAGUUGAAUGCUUUGCUACAGAGGGCCCCACAAUGCCUGAGCAAGUUUAUAGAGAUCGCUGCUCGUAAGAGAAGACAUUUUAUCCUGGAUCAGACAAACGUGUCAUCCGCUGCACAGAGAAGGAAAAUGUGCUUGUUUGCUGGCUUCCAACGCAAAGCUAUUGUUGUCUGUCCAACAGAUGAGGUGUAUAAGGAAAGAACCCAGAAAAAGUCUGAGGUGGAAGGUAAAGAUCUUCCAGAACAUGCAGUCCUUAAAAUGAAAGGUAACUUGACUCUUCCAGAAGCAAGUGAAUGCUUUGAUGAAAUUACUUAUGUCGAGUUGCAAAAGGAGGAGGCUGAGAAGCUAAUUGAGCAAUAUAAGGAGGAGAGUAAGACGACUCUUCCUCCAGAGAAAAAACUAAAUAUUGGAGCAAAGAAAAUAAACAAGAACAAAAAUACCAGAGGGAGAGGUGGCAUGUCUCAUGGCCAUGGUCAUAGAGGCCGAGGUGGUGGAGGAUACAAUAUGCGCGGAGGAAAUUUCAGGGGCGGAGCUCCAGGAAACCGUGGAGGAUACAACCGGAGAGGGAAUAUGCCCCAACGUGGGGGUGGAGGUAGUGGUGCAGUUGGUUAUCCAUACCCCCGUGCACCAGUUUACCCCAACAGAGGUGGCUAUGGUAACCGUGGAAACUUCAGCCGUGGUGGUGGAGGUGGAAUGCCCAGUCGUGGUAACUACAACCAGAACUUCAGAGGAAGGGGAAAUAACCGUGGCUUCAAAAACCAGUCUCAGGGUUACAACCAGUGGCAGCAGCAGGGUUUGUCGUACCUAACUGCAGAAGUGUGUUUUUAAAGGUAAGUACAUGUAAAGCAGGUAGGUAUUUAUAGAAGUUAUCAUGAGGACCUUGUCCCUUAGUCUACUUGUAGAAAACCUUUUACAGACUUAAUAUCAAGUAAAGCUAUUUAAAGUUUAAUCUUGGGAAAACUGCAAGGUAUUGGCAGCUAUUGCAGGUGAUGUUUUAAAACAGGUGUUUGUUAUAUGCCAUAGUCAAAGUGCUAGUUUACAUAGUCUAAAGAAUCAACCUGAGGAAAUAUUGCCAGAGCAGCUUCUCCUUUCGGCCCUGGACUAAAGAUUAAACGCUUUUGUUAGAAUGAAAGUGUUAUUUGCAUGUAACAGCAACUCCAGACAGGGCUGUAGUGCAAUCUGCUGCUUGAAUUCCGAGUCAUUUCUUUUGUGCGUUGCUUCUGUAACAUAGAUAAUGCAAAGAUGGCCUAUGAAAUGGUCAGGAAAACAGUUGCAGAGGCAAAAAAUGAAGUUAAACCGUUUCCCUAACUUAGAAUUUUGUUCCAAGUACUUUUUGGACCUAUUCUGACCCAACGGAGUCAAUUUAGGACUUCAGAAUUACCUCUUUAUAAGACAAAUUGUGCCAAUGAGUUACUACACUUGUGUAUCAUUUUUUUUUUUUUUUAUUAUUAUUAAUCUGAUUCUUAUGUACAGUCUUUUUUUAGAUGCUGUAUAGUUAACAAGGAACUGUUUUCUUUAUUAUGAAAGUAUUAUUGGUGGGUAAACUAAGAAUAUAAACACUAAUAAACAAGGUAUCGGGCUUAUCAACCCAUCUA